AUGCGAGGUGCCGUGCAAGGAAGACGGGAGACAACGCGGAAGGCGACGCAGAAGGCAACGAGACGCCGGGAAACGGUGUGCGCGGAAGCAGAGGGCAGCGAGCAGCCAGGCGCCUUGAGUGGCGCCGUCGCGAACCAAGAUUGGGCUCUGAGACAAGCAUCGGGCGGACCAAUGGACCAACGUGAGGUGACUGUGAACAACGCAAAAGCGCUGGAAGUAGGUCAACUCCCCACGACUGAAGGAGGACUUAUUGAAAAGGGAACGUUGCUAGGGGAAAUAAAAUACUGGACAGAUCUAAUUAAAAAUCAAAGAUUCCUGCCAUUUUAA